GCCUGCUGGCAGUAACGACAGGCCGGGGCCCCGCCCCCCACAGUAGGGCGUGUGGCGUCACUUCCGGCUUCCUUCUGUCGGCUGGCCACGAGCUGUGAGGGGAUUCACUUGUGUGCGGAACUCCUCGGAACCAUGGCGUCCCUUUCCCUUGCACCUGUUAACAUCUUCAAGGCAGGAGCUGAUGAAGAGAGAGCAGAGACAGCUCGUCUGACUUCUUUUAUUGGUGCCAUCGCCAUUGGAGACUUGGUAAAGAGCACCUUGGGACCCAAAGGCAUGGACAAAAUUCUUCUAAGUAGUGGACGAGAUGCCUCUCUUAUGGUAACCAAUGAUGGUGCCACUAUUCUAAAAAACAUUGGUGUUGACAAUCCAGCAGCUAAAGUUUUAGUUGAUAUGUCAAGAGUUCAAGAUGAUGAAGUUGGUGAUGGCACUACCUCUGUUACCGUUUUAGCAGCAGAAUUAUUAAGGGAAGCAGAAUCUUUAAUUGCAAAAAAGAUUCAUCCACAGACCAUCAUAGCGGGUUGGAGAGAAGCCACGAAGGCGGCAAGAGAGGCGCUGUUGAGUUCUGCAGUUGAUAAUGGUUCCGAUGAAGUUAAAUUCCGUCAAGAUUUAAUGAAUAUUGCGGGCACAACAUUAUCCUCAAAACUUCUUACUCAUCACAAAGACCACUUUACAAAGUUAGCUGUAGAAGCAGUUCUCAGACUGAAAGGCUCUGGCAACCUGGAGGCAAUUCAUAUUAUCAAGAAGCUAGGAGGAAGUUUGGCAGAUUCCUAUUUAGAUGAAGGCUUUCUGUUGGAUAAAAAAAUUGGAGUAAAUCAACCAAAACGAAUUGAAAAUGCUAAAAUUCUUAUUGCAAAUACUGGUAUGGAUACAGACAAAAUAAAGAUAUUUGGUUCCCGGGUAAGAGUUGACUCUACAGCAAAGGUUGCAGAAAUAGAACAUGCGGAAAAGGAAAAAAUGAAGGAGAAAGUUGAACGUAUUCUUAAGCAUGGAAUAAAUUGCUUUAUUAACAGGCAAUUAAUUUAUAAUUAUCCUGAACAGCUCUUUGGUGCUGCUGGUGUCAUGGCUAUUGAGCAUGCAGAUUUUGCAGGUGUGGAACGCCUAGCUCUUGUCACAGGUGGUGAAAUUGCCUCUACCUUUGAUCACCCAGAACUGGUGAAGCUUGGAAGUUGCAAACUUAUCGAGGAAGUCAUGAUUGGAGAAGACAAACUCAUUCACUUUUCUGGGGUUGCCCUUGGUGAGGCUUGUACCAUUGUUUUGCGUGGUGCCACUCAACAAAUUUUAGAUGAAGCAGAAAGAUCAUUGCAUGACGCUCUUUGUGUUCUUGCGCAAACUGUAAAGGACUCUAGAACAGUUUAUGGAGGAGGCUGUUCUGAGAUGUUGAUGGCUCAUGCUGUGACACAGCUUGCCAAUAGAACACCAGGCAAAGAAGCUGUUGCAAUGGAGUCCUAUGCUAAAGCACUGAGAAUGUUGCCAACCAUCAUAGCUGACAAUGCAGGCUACGACAGUGCAGACCUGGUGGCACAGCUCAGGGCUGCUCACAGUGAAGGCAAUACCACUGCUGGAUUGGAUAUGAGGGAAGGCACCAUUGGAGAUAUGGCUAUCCUGGGUAUAACAGAAAGUUUUCAAGUGAAGCGACAGGUUCUUCUGAGUGCAGCUGAAGCAGCAGAGGUGAUUCUACGUGUGGACAACAUCAUCAAAGCGGCACCCAGGUACCCUAACACUUUUCUCAGAAAAAAUUACUAACAGCAAAACAAAAUAGGGAGCUGUAUUUAUAAUUAGAGUUAAUGAAAAGCAGAGACAGUUUUGCCUGGAUAAAAGUAUUAUGUAAGUUAUUUAAAAUAUCACAACUCUUAACACUUAAGCCAGAAGAACUUAAGGGGAAAGAGGGAUGGGCAGCUGAGGUAGCUCUCAGGAUUGAAAAGGCACAGAAAGAGCCAUGCUUGGAAAGGUCAAGUACUGAGGACAGUAGAUGCUGUGAUGCUUUCUAUUGUCUUUAAACAAUGAUAGCAAAAGGAAACUGAGUUCUGUAACUCAAGUGUUCUAGGGCAAGGUCAUAUAGCCACACCUACUCCCAGAAAUCUUCACAAUAAGUCAGUGCCCUCACCCACAAUUGAAAUACACUUAAAAAAUGUGUAAUACCUUGUUUGGUCUGAUACUGUUUUAGAGAUCAGGUAUCUUUUAUUAGCAAAUUCUGAGUAAUUUGCAGUAAAGAAACUGAAUUUUGUUUAACCCAGCCUUCCAAACCUACCAGACCAUGGGCUUCUUUUUCAUAUUCCUUAUUAAUCUCCAGAGGACUUUUUUUUCAGAUCAGUGCCCUGUGACAGCUGCUUCAUAACUCUUGACAAUGGUUAGCAUCCUAGUCCCCCUAUAAGCUACUAAGGGUGAAAAGUUUAUCUCUUUAUAUGAUCCCUGUAUAGUGCUGUCCUCUUCGAUCUGUUCUUAAGCUUCUUCAGCUUCUCUGAACUGUUGUGUUUGCCUCUAAAAGCAGUGUUUCUCAAGCUUUAGAUCCUUGAACAAGCAUUAAGUACAAAUUUACUAGUACCCUUAUCCCAUCUUUCCAAAAGAUUGUUCUAUGCCCCCUUAUUGUAUGGUCACCAAAGAAUAAAAGAUGAGAAUAGAAGGUCCUCCUUGUUGAUGGAGGUGUCUGCAGAGUCCCAAGGCAGAACAGUCCUGAUGUGGUUCAGGGCAUCACACGGAGAGGGGGCUGAGUGGCUAGCUCAGGUCUGUCUUGCUCCUCACCUGAAGCCAGCAGUCCCAUCCUAUAUAACCCAUUAGCCCAUGACAUAACUUGGUCACCUCUUAAAAGCCCAACUUCCAGUACUGCCACAUUGGGGAUUCAGUUUCAAUGUGAGUGUUAUAGGGGACACACAUGCAAACCAUUGCAGAGUUAUAACAGUUUUAAUACAGGAUUCUAGUUGUGUUUGUAUUUAGUAUAAUACUUUGGAUAAAAUCAUGCUCUUCAUUUUUCACUAUUGACUUUUUUCUUACUCUCAUAGGAAACGUGUCCCUGAUCACCACCCCUGUUAAGCAUUCCCACGUGCUCUUGAUCUUUGGACCAGUUUCUAGCAAAGUUGUGUUUGAAAGAUAGUCUAUUAAAGAAGACUGUGGAAUCUGUUUAUCGGUGCCCAUUAUAUCCUUAAGUUUGGAUAUUUAGCUGACCUUUUCUUUAACAUAGGUCUAAUUUAUUUGCCGUGUCAUUUUCCAUACAAAUCAGUUGAUUUAAAAAAGUUCAUUUCUCAUACUGUGCAUUAAAAUAAAAAUUUGAACAAUUA